ACGUGUUGACGCACACUCGGGCUGCAUCUCCUUGAUGAAGCGUGGAGGAGGAGGAGGAGAGCGCAGAGAGGAGCAGCCGUGCGGGAAUCAGCGCCGUCCGAGCUCCAUCACAACCGCCCUCACCCUCACCCUCCACGCCCGCGACACCGUCGCCGUCAUGCCUCAGACCGCCGCCGAGACGCUCCUCCGCGACCCCCGUAGUUGAUUAAUGCGCGGGAGAAGAGGCCGACGAGCAGCGCAGCCUCGGCCGACGAUGACAGCGUUAAGGCGGGCGACGACGACCGAGUGAAGCCCCCCUCCCCCCCCUGCAAGAUGGUCCGCGUGGCGCGGGCCCUGGGUCUCUUCAUCCUGUGCGUGGCGGUGCUCAUCCUGUCCCUCAUCAGCUAUGUGUCCCUCCGCAAGGACAGCCUCUUCGGCUCGCCCAAGUACAUGGGAGGACCCCGGAUUAUGUUCCACGCAGGCUUCCGAUCUCAGUUCGCCAUGAACUUCCUGGACCCCUCCUUCAUCCCGCUGACCACCGCCCUCAACGAGGAGCUGCAGGGAAAGCCGUCCAAAUGGAAGUUCAACAAGACUGCCUUUUUCCAGCAGAGGAAAGAUAUUUUCAACUUCAUCGACAUUCCCAAAAACUUCUCACUGACCAAGAACAGCGUGCGAGUGGGCCAGCUGAUGCACUUUGACUACUCCAGCCACAAGUACGUCUUCUCCAUCAGCAACAACUUCAAGUCCCUGCUGCCUGACGCCUCCCCCAUCCUGAACAAGCACUACAGCACGUGCGCCGUGGUGGGCAAUAGUGGCAUCCUGACGGGAAGCCACUGCGGCUCCGAGAUCGACCGGGCCGACUUUGUGUUCCGCUGCAACUUCGCCCCCACAGAGGUCUAUGCCAAGGACGUGGGCAGGAAGACCAACCUGACCACCUUCAACCCCAGUAUUCUGGAAAGGUAUUACAACAACCUGCUGACCAUCCAGGACAGGAACAACUUCUUCCUGCACCUGAAAAAGCUGGAGGGGGCCAUCCUGUGGAUCCCGGCAUUCUUCCUGCAUACCUCGGCCACGGUGACCCGGACCUUGGUGGACUUCUUUGUGGAGCACAAGGGCCAGCUGAAGGUGGAGCUGGCUUGGCCCGGAAACAUCAUGCAUGACGUCAACAAGUACUGGAAGACAAAGAACCUCUCUCCCAAACGCCUCAGCACGGGCAUCCUCAUGUACACGCUGGCGUCGGCCAUGUGCGACGAGAUCCACCUGUACGGCUUCUGGCCCUUCGGCUGGGACCCCAACACGGGCAACGAGCUGCCCUACCACUACUACGACAAGAAAGGGACCAAGUUCACCACCAAGUGGCAGGAGACCCACCAGCUGCCCAGCGAGUUCAAGCUGCUCUACCGCAUGCACCGCGACGGCGUCACCAGACUCAGCCUGACGCACUGCACGCAGACGGGAGGCGACCGCCAUGCAUGACGCGGGGCGAGGUUCACUACGCUCACAUUCCACACCACGGAAUUUCACGCUGCCUCCAUUACUCUCCUUCGCAUGGCUGCUGGCUUGGACUGGAACCAAUCCAAAAAAAAAAAAAAAAAAAAAAACGUAAACGCAGUGGAACCUCUAAAGUGGGAACCAGAACAUUACUGAGUGAGGAUUUUGACCAUUUUUGGGGGGGAUUUUCGCACAUUUCUUCAAAGAAAAAGUAACGGAAACAGAAUUAAAAAUCUGUAUUAACUGUGGCAAUUACUGACCAGAUGUCAACAUUUUAAGUGUAAAAAGAAGUUAAAACCUGAAAGUAAAAUGUGUUUUUAAGGCGGGCCUGAAGAAGAAGGAUGAUAAAUGUUUUCCAUUGAUAUAAAUCCACUGUAGAAACAACAACAGCAGAUGUUACCAUAAAAUAACUGGCAGCCCACUGGCCAGAAUUUUACAGUAAAAAUAACAGCAGUACUGUUUUUCAAUUUACAGUCAUGCACCGUAAAAACAAAAACAAUAGAUUUUUACAGUAAAAAAGCUCAGU